UUAUCGAUAAGCGAAAUAUACAGUUCCGGCAUAAAAACAAUUUGCAAAUUGGGAGAAACAUUUAAUUAAAAUGCCGCCGGGAACGCAAAUAACGAGUGACAGUGACCUGGACGGUGUCCUGGAGGAGUUCAAGCAGCGCCAGGAGCGCCAAGAACGUCGCAAUAGCGUUGGGAAUGCAAAAUAUACAUGCAGUAUUGGGACUUGUGACGCCACCUUUAAGCGCUUGGACCAGUUGGACCGCCAUGAAUAUCACCAUACGGGAAUCAAAAAGCACGCCUGCUCGCACGAGGGUUGCGACAAGACCUACUCGAUUUUGACUCAUCUGAAGCGCCAUUUGCGGAGCACCCACGAAAGACCGGAGGCGGGGCCCCAGAAAACUGUUAAGUGCUUGCUGAAUGAGUGCGAGAAGAUGUUUAUCUCCUUUAGCAAUAUGACGCGACAUAUGCGCGAGGCCCACGAGAGUCCGCGGGUCUAUCCGUGCAGCCACUGCGACAGCAAGUUCUCGCAGAAAUUGAAGCUGAAACGCCACGAGAUUAGGGAGCACACGCAGGACUAUCCGUUUCGAUGCUCAAAGUGCGCUAGGGGAUUCUAUCAGGAGUGGCAGCGCGAGAGUCACGAGGGCAGCUGCAAACUCUACACUUGUCCGUCGUGCCCCCUGACCUUCGAAAAGUGGUCGCUGUACACCAAGCAUUGUAAGGACACACAGCACGGCAAGAAUCGGCAUCGGUGCGAGCAUUGCGGCACUUGCUACAGCAAACCCAGCGAUCUGAAGCAGCACAUCGAGGCAAAGCACAAGGAUUCGGAGUCGAGUUUCACCUGUACUGAGAAGGGAUGCAAUAAGACCUAUUCCUACGAAAGGAAUCUCCGCCAGCAUGUAUUGUCUGCUCAUACUGGCAGGCGUUUCGAGUGCCAGGCCCUUGACUGCGGACGCUGCUUCAGCAGUGCCCAGAACCUGGCUAAGCAUGUAGUCAGGGACCACGAGAAUGCCAACGAUAACCCAGACAAAGAGCAGGAAGUUAAAAAGAAAACAAAAUCUAAGGAAAGUGCCAAAGACAAAAAAUCGAAAUCUCGAAAGCGACGUCGCGAUGCUGGUCGCAGCAAGCAGUCCAGACUGUCCAAGCUAGCCUGCCUUCAGCUCAAGGAUAAGGCUGAAGAGGAGGCGGUUAGAGAACGCGAACCGUUGGCACUGGAAAAGGUGACCCAGUCGCUGGAGGCUGAUCCCGUCGAGGAGUUGCUAGCACAGACUCUACAAAACGAAGAGGAACUGGAGUAAGAAAGACAAAAAUUCUAGAUAUAUCAACUAAGAUUAACAGAAAAGGAAGUGAAUAUAAUACCUACAGUGGAAGUAUGGUUCGAAAUAAUACCCAAUCCUUACUGUUCAAAAUCAAUUUCGUACAAAAAUCAACGAAUAAUCCGCUUUAUAAAUUGCGCUUUAUAAACCAGGUAAAAGCUACAAAAACCUUCUCUCCUAAAAAACUAUGACCACCUUUCUCUAUUUCUUAAAUAAGUAAUUUAUUAAUAAAAACCAGAUACU